AUGUUUUUCUGCUAUAGUUCUAUAAAAUUUGAUGACAAGGAGCACCUGGCCGAUGCGGACCCGAAAUUCGCAGAGAAAUGUGGCCGAGAAAUUCGUCAGUUCAACUGCGACAAAGCCGAAUCGUUUGAAGAACAGGUUGAAUGCUUGAGGAUCAACUUCGAUGGUCUAGGUCCUGAAUGCAAGUCCAUGAUAUUCUAUCGUGAGAAGAUCGAAGCUGCCGAUAAUACUAUGGAUGAUGAACUUCAGAAGAAAUGCAGAUACGACAUUGACAAAUUCUGCCCCAACCAAGGAGAAAAUGUGCUUACUUGUCUUACAAAUAUGAAGGUUGUCCGUUUGUUGCAGAAAGAGUGCCGAACUGUCGUGCAGGAACGUAUGCGUGAAGCGGCGAGAGACAUUCGGCUACGUCCUGGAUUGCUCAGCGCUUGUAAAGUCGAAGCGGAAACACAGUAAGU